CAGUUAGAAAAUGCACAAGAAUCAUGUCAGCGGUUUCUGGACCCUCCUUAUGAUGAAAUGUUUGCUGCACAUCUCAGGUUUAUAUAUUCAACAUUCGUUCCUGAUUGUCAGUAUCCGGUAGCUCAGUAACUGUCACAUGAUUUCAGCUUCUGGAACAAUUAUUAUUUGUACCAAAGCUCGGUGCAAACUCCCAGCGCAAUCGGUAAAGUCCAAUGCAAUCCAAUGCAGGUCAGUCAUAUGCAGUUUAUUGCAGUCUAUGCAAUGCAGUCCAAUUCAGUACAAUACAGUCCAAUUCAGUACAAUACAGUCCAAUGCAAUGCAAUGCAGUGCAGUCCAAUGUAAUGCAGUCCAGUCCAAUGCAUUGCAGUCCAACCAGUGCAAUUAAAUACAUUGCAGUCCAAAGCAGUGCAGUCCAGUGAAGUGCAGUAUGCAGUCCAAUGCAGUUCAGGGCAGUGCAGUAUAGCGUGUAGAGGCCGGUUGUACAUCGGUAACGAAGGAGUUUAUUAUUCUGAUUUGAAAUACCAGAAAGUGACGUAAUAUAUGGUGAUUUAAAGUGACGAUUACAAAUACAGUAACAAACCAGUGAAUCAGUAUUUGAAGGAAAAUUCAAUGCGAAUUCGAAAGUUGACUGAGUUUGUGGAGGUUUAUACCCGUGAUAUGAAAACAUGAUAUUGUACUCAUUUGGAUGUACUGUAUGGAGUUUUUCUUCUUUUGUUUAGAGCCUUAUGGGCCAUGAAUAAAAAAGAUAUUACCGAAGCAUUCGCUUGUCAAGCAGUCGUAGUUCAAGUAUCCUCUGAUAUUAAUAGCAGUAUCGUGUUUUAUAAAUUACUGAAGCAUAAAUAUUAUCAAGAACUAGUACCAUGUAGAUUAACUGAAUAACGUACACAACAGUGGCGGACACCUCGAGAAAUAUUGAGGAGGGGGCAAAUUAUGUUGCCAACAUAUGACCAUGGUUGAUUAUUACGGCUUUGUUACACAGUUGGGGGCAGUGUCCGCCACACUGUCUGCUUCAAUAUUGCUGACAUGCAAAUUUUCUAGUAAAAACUACGUUCACAAGAGACCAGAGGAUCGGAAUCGUACGCAAAUUCGUCCGGUUCCAUUUUCUCACACGGGAAUUCGGCAGGUUAUCUGCAGUGUUUGUGAAUACGUCCCGUGUGAAUAUAUAGGUGAGAGCCAGCCUAGACCUGAGGCCUGUACUCGGCAGGUGGCAGUUGAUUUGUAGGAUAAUCAACUUCUAUUUCUCGUUUUGGAGCCCCAGAACGGUAAGAAAAAUCAAAAGGUUUAGGAAAGGGUCUAGGCGUGGUGAGAGCCGUGCAAGUGUGAGCACGGUUCCAAACUUGUUUGCUCUCUUAAAGGGAAGCUAUAAUCUAUAAUAUAUAAAAAUUUAGGAUGUACAGCUAUUUCAAUUAAGGUUGUCCCCCGAGCAAAGCGGAAAAGUCGAAUACGAGCGCAAAGGCUGCUGGGAAUCGCUAAUAAAUUCAUUUAUUAGCGAUUCCCAGCAGUCUUUCGCGCUCGUAUUCGACUUUUCCGCUUAGCUCGGGGACAACCUUAAUUGAAAUAGCUGUAUACAAGAGUCAUAUAGGCAAAACACUAUAAAGUCUAUAGUCAAUCCAAAUGUCAAUUAUCUUUUCAUUAAUGUUUUGAAAUCCUUUGUUAAUAUCUCCCAUUAUUCCUGUUUGUGGUGGAUGCAUUGUCCUCGUAUUCAGUUCAGCACCGCGGAUUGCGCGGGAGGAUACUACAAUAAUUUGUACAGAGAGCGGGUGGUCUCAUAGAAAAGGGAAGAAGGCUUGUUUUAUUGAAUACGUGAACAAUGCUAUUGCUAACAGGGUAAUGAGGAAUAUUAUCAGAGAUUUUAAAACGUGAAUAAAACGAUAAUCGCAUGGCAUCAGAACGAACUCUUUUAUAAUUUUAGGGUUAGGGUCAGAUUUCCCCUAGAUAGUUGAUUAUCAUCUAUUUGUGCACUUUUGACAAGUGAUGCUAUUCAUCUAUUUAUCCCAGAGACUGUGCUUUAAGCCUAAUUUUUAUGUAUUAUAAAAUACAUCGAUUCAAUUUUAGCUAAAGUGUAAGAAAAUUUGCAUGUUAUUAAUUUUCAAGUGGACGAACGUUUCGUCCAUAUAAAUCCUGAUGAUGAGCGCUUAUAGUCCGAAGGUCCAAAAUUUUAAAUAAAGUUUUUUUUCUGUCAAUUUUCACAUUGACCCAGCAAAAAAUUUCGUACAUAUUAAACAAACACCUAAAUACAAUAGAAGGGCAGGGAAUCGUAACAUGGCAUUUGAAAAGGUAAAUUUCCUUAACUUUUUGAAGGCUUUCAUAAAAGCAUUUCAAGCCCAAAAAGAUGAAAAUUGGUACGUUUUUUCAAAAUUGUACUGUAUAUAUAUUUUGUAUUUCACCAGAGGUGUAGAGCUACAAAAUUUUCCAACAUAACUAUGACCAUUAACAAAUGUUUUAUGUGGCAUUGUGACCGACUAAGUAAGGAAUGACUCUUGCGUGUGUAUACCAAAGGCUUUUCCGCGCUCGCGGAAGAAAAACACGCAAAGGCGGGAAAAUAUGGUGUUUCUUCAUCGUGGAAUAACCUCCGGCACCUGCAGUAAGGAAUGUGUAAUAUGUAAACGGUACAUUUGUCGACGUAGCCAAUUGUUUCUGUAUUUCCUGUUAUACAGGUCUCUUCCAAUCAUGAAAUGCGUUGUCUUAGAUCUGCGAUUAUUAGCCUUACAAGUAAGUUACAAUUACAUGUAUAUUUAACAUUAAGGGGCCGGUUGUAUAAAAAGGUAGUUAAGGUGAUUCAUCAGUUUUGCAUUGCGCACUUUUACUACGCAUAUUUAAUAACAAAUUCUAGCUAAUAUUUUGCUAAUAUAUGUAGUCGAACUGCAAUGUAAAGUGAUAAAGAAAGAGUAAGGGCAAAGAGAAAAACACUCUGCAUUGAUUAAGCGUGCUUCAGGAAAUAUACCUUCAAAAAUGACAGAACUCUGGCUAGUGCUCCCUGUGUAAUUAACACGAACACAUCAUGUUUCCGUGACCCUACUUUUUAUUUUAUAUUUUUGUUCUUCUAUACGUUUUACGUGUCAUGUCAGAAAAUAAGAGACAAGUCAUUUCUACAACUUAUAAUAUUUUACAUUUUUCGCGCAUACAUCGCAAAAUAACAUGUCUGAGAAAACGGGAAAGGACAUGGCACCACGACAAUGCACGUCGAUGGAUUUUGAUUCGCUAGAAUACCAUGUUUUCUUGUAGCUAUAUAAUCAUUAGAUAGACUUUUUUAGUAGGAUCCUUCCUAAAAAAUUCAAUAUGUAACAUGGCGCCAUCUUGACCCUUUUAUGAGUCACCGAACUCGUUUCAAAGAUAUGACAGGUGCAAUAUGCCAAUAUUGCACCUGUCAUAUCUUUGAAACGAGUUCGGUGACCCCAACCUUUUUUUCUGUUUUUACUAUGAGUAUAUCAUAAACUUCACCCCUGGGAAGUUUCAGUCAAAAUUCUCAUUUCCAGAACAAUUACUGAUGAAUCACCUUAAAGUUAACUACAUGCAGUCAGUGCGAAAAUUCACCAAUCAUAAUUGCGUAUUUUGAGUUAACUACUAUUUAACUACAAAAUAGUUAAGUACAGUAGUUAAGAGUUAAAGUAGUUAAAAAAUUUUAUCCACGCAUUUAUUCUUAGUAUUCUUCGAGGUCUGAACUAAAAAUAAUAUUCGCUGAUGAUACGGCUUAUGUCGGCUUUGCAAUGCUAGACAUGAUUGACUGAUUACAGUCAAAUUACAAUAACCUUUCCGCUUCUGUACUGUAAUCUGUUGGAAUUUUCUGUAAAUUCGGUUCUGUUUUUCUGUAGCGGUUACCAAAUAUGAGAAAAUAUGGCGACAAAAUUUACUUUCCUUUGUUUUUAUAUGAUAAUUUGUAGCAAAUUCAGAUUCACUGCAUUUUAACACAUGAAAGGUGCGAAAUUGUAUCACGCGGUAUUUGUCUAUAUAGAAAUCGGUAACUGUUACAGUAAUACAGAACCGAAAUUAGAGAAAAUGUCAACAGACUGCGGAAGUGGAAAGGUUCUUGUAUUUUGACUGUAAAAAUAACCCAUGCAGGAAGCUAUUAUUUGUAAGCUAUUGCUUGCAAAGUAAUAAACAACAUAUCGAGCAACACUUUCGUCACGUAUAUGGUUGUGCUAAUAACGUCAGCAUUUUUGAAAACCUUUUCGCCCUUCCACACUAAUCCGAAGCGCCUCCAUUUCCAAAGUCUUCACUUUCAAAGCCAUUGCCGAAGAGCUCCGUUUUCAUGAAUGAAUUAGGUAUAACCGUUUUUCAUCUCAGCAGCAUGAAAUUCAUAUGUUAUUGUUCAUAUACAGCCUCAUAUCUACAGUAUUCCCGUAAACUGUCCAAGUAGCAAACUUACUAUUUACGCUAUUGUUGAUCUAGGCAGACGAACAGCUAUCAAAAUCAGGGCAAAGAAAGGCAGGGGAGUCACUAGAACGUGCCGCAGAAGUUAUGAUGGGAUGUUUUAGAGUCUGUGCUGCAGACAGGUAUAAUUAUGCAGACAAGCCGAUAAAAUCUUAUCCACACAUAUAAAAGUCUAGUUUCUGAUUAUCUUGAGGACAUUCUUAUUUAUUGAAAUAAAGUCGUAAUCCUAUCAAAGCCUGUAUUUGUAUGGGGCUGUUAACCAGGGCCGCCGAGAGCUUGGCGGGGGCCUGGGGCAAAUUUUUUUUAGGGUCCCCUUUUUAAAAAUUGACAACAAAAACUUUCUCCCCCUCCACCCCCCCCCGUCGACAACUUUUUAGGGAAAAAAAUUUUCCGGGCGAGUACGUUGUAAUUACUUUCCAGCGACUUUACCUCAAUUUUUCAUACAAAAUUUCGGUACUUUGCCCCAAAAAAACACAAAUAUCUUGCCCUUUGCGCGGAAUGUUUCAACCAAAAAAAUUACUGGGGCCCAACAAAAAAAUUCUAGCCCACUAUUUUGCAUCGGUGACCAUGACUUGGUUACAACACCUACAAUGAAAUGGAAAGCUCGAACCAUGCGGGCCUAACUAUAUACUCUCUCAAUUAUGUCUAUAAUUAAUUACUUUAGUCGUGCGGCAAAAGAGGUUUCGAAGAAAUGGGGAAUGCUCGCGUUGGUUAACCAUCUUUUUAAGAUUUAUUUCAAGGUACGUUUCUGAGGAAUAGUAUUAAUGUAAAACCCACAUCACGGAACGGCUAGGAGAGAAUCUAGCACAAAAACAGCAUAGAAGAAUAUCUUGCACACGUUUUGCUGAGGGUAAUCUAUAUGGAAAAUGUCAUUUGUAUAAUUAAAAAAUUUGAAAAAUUAGAUAGGUUCGGAUUUGACUUCAAUGCACUACCACUAACGCCCCGCCCCGUUUGAUGGUGGCGUGUAUAUUGUUACCACGGAUUUUAAAGAAGGACGACGUUGCUCGAUAUAUUAGAGAAAUGUGAUACCACGGAUUUUAAAGAAGGACGACGUUGCUCAAUAUAUUAGAGAAAUGUGAAUUAGCUUAAUACAAGUAAAUGUUUUCGUGUAUUUUCAUGACUUUGACAAGGUCCACUAACCCACUAAUUUCGUAUUCCAUGUGAAAUUAGCGGGCUUCGCUAAUCAAUUUUAGCAUCUCGAUUACACAAGAUGCCAUUCAGAUUUUUACCAAAAAAUUACUGAAUUUUUAAAAUCUCUAAAAAUGUUACCAAAAUUUUACUAAACUUUUCCCAAAAUUGACGAAAUUUUAUCAAAUCUGAUCACACUUGUCUUAGUACGCAUUGGAUUGGUUAAUCGGGUAGAUUUAACGCAUCUGAUUGGUUAAUGGUAGCGGUAGUGGAAGUCAAAAGCUGAGCCUCCCUAAUCGCUGGCCACAGAACAAAGAUCAUGUCUGUUGUUACCUAAACGCCCAUCCCUUAAAAGUUCAAUGGUUUUUCAGAGGGGGGAGGGAGGCACUGGGGGCAAUUUGUCCCGGGCCCCCCGUUUAAAGGGGGCCCCCAAAUUUGCAAAAUUAAAAAAAAAAUUUCGAACGUUUUUUUAUAUAAAUAAUGGUAUGAGAAACUGAAAUUUUCUAAACCAAAAUUUUACAUAAAUUGAUAAAAAAAAGGGUUUUACCCAUGUUGUGACAGGAAUUUGUCCGGAAAAAAUUUUUUUGAACGUGUUUUAGUCAUGUUCGACCAAAAAAAUUUUUUGACCCUUAUUUUUAAUGUCCGGAAAAAUUUUUCUCCCCCUCCCCUCCCCCCCCCGCUCGCCAACAUUUUCGGGAAAAAUAGGGCCCCCCGAAACAAAAAUUUGCCCCGGGCCCCCGAAUUUCUCUGAUAGGCCCUGGUUGCCCCGAACUGAAGACAUUGUUCCUUCAUGGUGUUGUAAAAUAUAUUUUAGACAAACCGAAUUCAUCUUUGCAAGCCAUUAAUACGAGCUAUCGACAGUUUGGCAAUAAAAGAUCACUUCGAAAUAUCAAAUCAAGUUACAUACAGGUAAAUGUCAUGUGUGGAACUAAAAUUUUAAAUAGAUUUUCGCUGUCCAGCUUUAUUCAUUAAAGGAAUCAAUUUUGGCAUCAUAUACAUUGAAGUUGGUCUCGAAAAAGACCAUCCUUAAAACGCAAUAGUAUGACAAAAGGCCUUGUCACACUAUUAUGAGAGAAACGUAUGGGAAGCGUAUGAAAAUUAAUGUUCAUGCGCACAAAAAUUCCUUGAAAUGCCAGCGUAUGAGUACCGUACAUCUGGCGUACCUCUAGCGUAUUCAGCUUGUGCCUAGAGUAUGCUUAUCGUAUAAACCAUACGUCCGAAUACGCACAAAAUUUUUAAGCACGCUUAAGAAAAUGUUUCUGUCUCGCCGGGCCUCGCCGUAUGCUAUACCGUUUGCGACUGUGCUUGAAACGUAUACAACCUAUGCCUAACGUAGCCCUAGCGUAUGUCGGCGUAUACCAACGUAUGAGUGAUACUUUCCAUACGCUGGUAUACGCUAGUACGAUAUGCAAUAGUGUGACAGGGCCUUUAACAAGGAACUGAGACCAAUAUCACUGACGUCUACAGUACCUUAUCUAAAAUCGCGGAAGGGGUUGUAAUCGAUCACGAACUGAAGCCUAAGAUAUUACCGAAAAUAGACUCCAAUCAACUUGGAUUUAUUCCAAAUUCAUGUACAACUCAUACAAUUAUCUCAAUGCUGCAUAGGCUAAGCUGGUUGGCCGCGACAGACGGGACAGGUUCUACAGUGAAAAUUGCCCUUCUAGAUUACAGGAAGGCUUUUGACAUGGUGGACCAUAACCUUCUUAUAGCAAAACAUGUUAGCUAUAUAUGGAAUUAGAUCAUCAGUCAUCAACUGGAUUAUCGACUUCUUACGUAUGUGUACCCAAAGAGUUAAAGUGAAUUAUGAAUGCCAUUCCAAUGUACUGCAAGUCCAGACUGGGGUACCCCAAGGGACCAAAUUGGCACCUUGCUUGUUUCUCGUUGUGAUUAACGAUUUGAGCGUUUCAGAAGAUUCAACAAAUAAGAUAUUGAAAUUCGCAGAUGAGUCCACUUUUUCGGAGGUUAUCCCCAGGACUGAAAAUGGUCAUUUACAAGAUACAGUUGAUCAUGUGGCUAAUUGGUCAAAUAAUAAUAAAUUUCAGUUAAACCCUGCAAAAUGCAAAGAACUUAGAAUAAAGUUUACUAAAGACACUUGCAGAGACGAUCCAAUCAAAGUAAAUGACCAGCACUUUGAAGUGGUAACAUCUGCGAAAAUCUUAGGAGUGACUAUUACUGAUGCCCUAAAGUGGAAAGCCCAUGUAGCAAAUAUUCUAUUGACAGCUUCAAAGCGAUUUUAUCUUCUGAAACAAUUAAAACGUGCGGACGUUGCCAAGUGGUUAGCGCACUUGCCUUUCACCUCUGAGGCUGCAGGUUCGAAUCUCACUAAGUACCUUCUCAGUGCGACUCGAACCCAGUCCCCAUGUGAAAAGAGUAAAAGUCAACGCUCUGCCGAACGCCGUGGGUUUUCCCCGGGUACUCCGGUUUCCUCCCACAGGGAAAAGUUGACAGGGUGGGUUAGGUAAAAAGGGCCCACAGUAAUUGGCAUAUGCUGUUGUGGUGACCCUGCCCUAGUUGGCGAAGCUAAUAAAAACAAAUAAUAUCUCCUUGACCAAAUUUUACUGCGCCUGUAUUAGAUCUGUCCUCGAAUAUGGAUGUCAGGCUUUCCACUCAAGCCUCCUUAGUUAUCUAUCAAAAGAAAUCGAACAAAUUCAGAAAAGAGCGCUAGAAAUAAUUUAUCCAUAUACAUGGAUUACGGAGAAGCGUUGAUGAUGGAGAACCUAGAAAGACUAAAGGGCCGUAGAGAGAGAGAGAGACAGUUAUGCGAAAAACUGUUUCGUGAAAUUGAAGAAAAUGAAGAUCAUAAAUUGCAUGUACUUUUACCAGAAACGAAUAAGGCUGUUCAUAAUUUCAGAACAAUUAGGAAAUAUAACCUCCCAAAGAUUAGAACUAAUAGAUUUAAGGAUUUUUUAUUCUUGAGCUUAAUUUUUAUAUGAAGUGUCCAUUUUUAUUAUUUCUACAGGGUGUAUCGAAAAAAACUGAACAGAUUUGAAAUUGCUCUCAAUUUCGCAAAACACCGAUUUGUAUCCGGGUUUUUAUAGAUAUGGCUUCUUCGGGUACUUAGAAUGUAGAAUAAUGAAAAAAAAUUCUUGAACUCAAAUAUUGUGAACCAGGGGGGUGUGUCUUUUCCAACAAAAUAAAAAUGGCUUGCGCACAAAAUUUAAAAGCUGUAAUCAUAUUUUGAGUUAAUAGAUGGAAAAUUUGUCGGGUUUUUCAUUACUGUACAAAAUUUCAGACAAUUUGGUUUAGUUUAAGCCGUUUAACUAUUCACGCAAAGUUACAUUUUUCCUAAAAAUCAGCUAUUUGCAUGCUUAAUUAAUGCAUUUCCUAAUUUGCAUAUGUUAGCAAUAUGCAAAUUAGGUAAAUGCUUAAUUAAGCAUGCGAAAGGCUGAUUUUUUAGAAUAAAAUGAAUAGUUAAACGGCUUAAACUAAACCAAAUUGUCUGAAAUUUUGUACAGUAAUUAAAAACCAAACAAAGUUUCCAUCUAUUAACUCGAAAUAUGAUUAAAGCUUUUAAAUUUUGUGCGCGAGUCAUUUGUAGUUUGUUGGAAAAGACACCCCCCCCCCCUGGUUCACCAAAUUUGAGUUUGAGAAUUUUUUUUCAUUAUUCUACAUUAUAAGUACCCAAAGAAGCUAUAUAUAUAAAAAACUGGAUACAAAUAGGUGUUUUGCGAAAUUGAGAGCGAUUUCAAAUCUGUUCAGUUUUUUUUGAUACACUGCACCCUGUAUAUAUCCAAUCAAUUGUAAUUCAGUAUUUUCACUUUGAUAUAUCAUUUAACCUUUCAGAUGGGAAGGUGCAUGACGUUUCAGGGGAGGCGCAAAAAAUCUCCAGAGAGGUGCAAAUAAUCUCAGGGGAAGUGCAAAACGAUCGUGGGGAGGUACGCACCUCCCGAUACCUCCCCUCAAAAUCCGGCCAUGCUAUAUAUAAGUUCUUUUAAUUAAAUGUGUUUUAGGUACUAUGUUGGAAGAAAGGCAAUGUUUGACAACGAUCUAAAACUUGGUAAUACAUAGUUGCUUUAUAAUUUUCCACCCAAAUUAUGUACCUUGCAAUGUAGUACAGCUACGUACAGUAUACCAGUUUUUUCAAUCUUGUUGCAAACUGCAUUAAACAACCAAUCAUUGACAAAUAGAUAUUGAAACGAUGCAAUAAAAGAACAUCAAACACUAAAUCUGGAGCAUGCAUACAAACGAUAUCACCUCCCCCAACCAAUCGUGAUGUAGUUCUGCUAAGCUGCUCAAUCGUAGUCAUUGCUUUCAUUAGAGACCUUACGAUUUAACGGCAACGCGACGGCAACGGCUACCAAUACAAUAAAUCAUUGAAAAGAAUUGAAUAAUUACAAUAUAUGAAUAAUUUAGACAUUUUCCUCGCUCUGUUUACAACGCCAAAUCACAGAUUUUCACGUCUUGAUACAACGGCUGCAUUUCAAGCCGCAACAAUUACUGCAACUUCAAACUGGGUUCAGUAGAACUCUUCCCAGACAUAAAACCCAUGUCUUCAACUUCUAAGACUGUAUUAAAUUCAUACGAUUGAUAAUAUACGACGAAUUAUCUUUACUACCAUUUAUUUGAAGGAGUUUGUUUUGGCCAUCUUCGUCCUAAAAUCGUAUAAGGUCUCUAAUAGAGAGCUCAAGCAAGCGACGUUUUAGGUUCACGAACGCCAACCAGAAGUCUAUCGAGCUUCAGCUGUUAAGUAAACGGAAAUUACAGCAAGGUGCAGUCCUCGAUACUGAAUUUAACAUUUUGAUAUUUAGCCGAAGAGUAUUUGGACUUUGCUUUCCAUCAUUGUCAUAGAAGCAGUAUGAAAAAUAAGCGGUAUGGUUUUGGCAUGUGUAACAGCUCUCUUGUGAUAUUUUGAAUGUAAAGGCCUUAGAGAAAUAAGUAGUUGUGAUAUCUUUUUCAGAUUGGUGUUAAUUUACCUUGUUCCAGUUAAAAUGCUUGCGGUAAGUUUGCUUUUCUAAACUUGUGCCUAAACAAACUUACCCUGGCACAGAACAUAUAUAAUUAUGCGACAUGAUUGUUGAAAAAUGCUGUUCUGUCGUCAUAUGAAAGUUUUGUUUAUUAAUUAAGCGAGAUCGCCUGGCAAUUUGUAAGUUUGUCGAGAAAAAUGUCAAUUAAGGUUUUUAAUGAUCACCUAUUGUUGUUUAAUGUAUUUAUUCGUGCUUCUAGGGUCGACUACCUCCAGAUGAAAUUCUUGAGAAAUACGACUUGAAGCAAUACAGUGACAUUGUUCGAGCUGUUAGGUUGUAGAACAGUUUAUUAAUUUCUUACUUUAAGGGAGGGGAGGGGGCGUUUAUUGGAUGAGGGACGUCUAUUACUGAGGGGUGUUUAUUCUUAUAUACGGCAAAUUUAAGCUUGUCAAACAACACUUUCUGACAAUUUGCAGAGUCAAUGCUGCGCAGAGUCAGCUUUCAUAGCUCUUACAUGACAUUGCAUUAAAUAUAAUAAACGGCCAUGUAGGUAUUUGUUUAUAUACAACUUUCCUCUUACAUAGCAACCGACUUUCGUUUCUACCUACUAGCAUUGCCUUCCUCCGUACUACCUGUACAGUGUGAACAACUAUGCACCAUCCUACUCUGACUCAUACCCAUGCACGCAGUCAAAUAUAUCUGUUUUACAUUAUAGAACUGGUAAUCUGCUGUUGCUAAACAGUACACUAGAAAAACACGAGGUUCGUGCAAUUCGAUUUCGCUUUUUUAUUAUACAAUUUUUUUUUAUUAUCUGGCGGACAUGAAUUAUAUACCUAUAUAUUUGUUCAGUUCUUAAGGCCUGAUUCCACGGACGCUUUCUUCGGCGAAAUGCGACAAAUUUCGCGCGAAAUGAAUUAGGUGCACGCGCAGUAAAGAUAAUUUAGGCUUCGCGAGAAAAAAAUUCGCUUCACCAGUGAGUAGAAGUCAGUUCUACUCACUGCGAAAGCGGAAAAAGUGGGACAAUUCAAUAGAAUCGCUCAUGUGCAAGGCCUUUAAAGGGACUCCUGGCCAAAUUUAAGAGGGGCAAAUUUCCUGGAACACCUCUUCUUUCCCCGCCUCGUAGUUAUUAUGUAUUAAAAUGAACUCGUGAUUACAAAAUAUGCAAUAAUGACUUCAUUGAUGCAAUAUGAAAAUAAAUUAUUGCACGAUAUGACGUCAUUGACGCACUGUUGCAAUAUGAAAAGUGAGGUAUAAGACUGCGAUGAACAUGGUGGACAUUUGCUUGAGGCAAUCUCUCCCCAGAUUUCUUAGUCCAGCGCGGCAAGCAUUGUGGGCGCAGUCCAAUGGGUGGCGUCUCUAAUAAUUCUAAUAAAGUCAAUAUUAAGCAAUUCAUAGUGUCGACCAAUCUCGUACCCAGAGCCAUCUCAACGAUGGAGCCAUCUCAACGAUGGAGCCAUCUCAACGAUGGAGCCAUCUCAACGAUGGAGCCAUCUCAACGAUGGAGCCAUCUCAACGAUGGAGCCAUCUCAACGAUGGAGCCAUCUCAACGAUGGCUCUGGGUACGAGAUUGAGUGUCGACUGCAUGCGUAUCCAAAUGACGCAUUAUGUCGGGAUAAAAUUGCAGUUGCAACUUCAUGCUAAACGAUGUGAUUAUUUUUUAGGCGUUUUUCAUAACAUAUGGAGUGUUUUUAAUAUUGGAGAAAUUAAAACUUAUCACAUAUAGAAACCUUUUUAAAAAAGUGUAAGUAUUUUGCAAGCUAAAAUAAUUGAUCUAUUAACCAUGCAAUCGCGAUAUGGACGUUGGUUUCAAGACAAUGAUACGAUGCUGCCUCGCAGUUCGUGAGCCAUCUUGAACAGCGAGGCAAACCGACAAAUACAAUGGUAAAAACAUUGCCCUGUUCCCAGUUGGAAUACUUGUCCCUCGGGUAAUGGUAAUGUUGCUUUAUGUUUGCCCAUAUCGUUUCCCCCACUUGAUAAGAUGGUGCCGCGCGAACCCCGCGAAAAGGCAUAUUUCAUUCGCGUUUUGUUCAUGAACUAAUAAAAUUGAGAAUUGUCUUCUCUCUAGAUAUAUUUUACUGAAGACACAUCAGAUUCCACUGCCGGCGUUUGUUUCAGCACUGCACUUUUUACAGGUAUAUGCCUACACGCAAGUAACAUAGACUAAGAGUAUACUUCAAUGAUGGAUUCUUGCACUUCACUUGGUGGAAUUAAUGUUAGAAUGUUAGGGUUUGUAAUCCAAGUGAGAAUAUAUACAUUUUAAGACCUAACCAGGAACGACUGCGAAAAAUGCAGCACAAGGUCCUCUGGUAGGAAUUGAACCUACGGCCCUGCGAUUCCGGUGCAGCGCUCUAACCAACUGAGCUACAGAGGCCAGCUGUUAAGCUGUAACCUUAAGUUCAUGUAUAUAUAGGUAAUCGGGUGUGCGGGUUGUGAUAAGGUGGACUUCAAUGAUGGAUUCUUGCACUUCACUUGGUGGAAUUAAUGUUAGAAUGUUAGGGUUUGUAAUCCAAGUGAGAAUAUAUACAUUUUAAGACCUUGUGCUUUUAAUAUAUACAUUUUAGGACCUUGUGCUGCAUUUUUCGCAGUCGUUCCUGGUUAGGUCUUAAAAUGUAUAUAUUCUCACUUGGAUUACAAACCCUAAGAGUAUACUGCAUUUUUUUCAUCAUGUUAUCGUCAAUGAUGCUUUAACAUCACGUGCAGUUUUCCACAAAAUAAAUAGAUUAUUCUUAUGCCGUACAAAGUAUUAUUAUUUCUCAUCAUUACAAAAUGCUAUUCCUGAGAUCCUAGCAGUAUGUUUUGCAAAAUAUUUCAAAUUGCACGCCGAGCACUGAAGCUAACUGCGAGGUCCAGCCCGAAUUUAAGAUGUUGAAUUGAAAUGAUAUCCCAGUAUCCGAAAUCAUUUCCAGAAAUUUAGUGAAUUAAUGAAUUGAAUAAGUUUGAUUCAGUCCAAUAGAACUUGGAUCAAAUAUAUUUCACCAGGUAAAGCAAUCCGGUUGGUUAAAUUCCUCAUGAAUUAUUAAUAACUAUGAGAUGCUGCCGGGUUUCCAUGUAUCCUACAUUGAAGCGCAUAUAUACUGGCACAAUAUGAAAACAAAUUGGUUAAAUAAACCAUAAAUUAGCCUUUUCACGAAGGCUAGACUUGGUUCAAGUCCGUCUCUCAAGGGGUUGAAAAUAGCGAUGCACGCGAGCGGUCAAAAAGGAUUUGAAGUCUUGAACCAAGUCUACACGAAGGCAAAUAUCCGUCAUUUUGGGGUACUGUCUUCCCUCGUGAAAUGAUCUAGUCAAUUAAAACAAUGUAAAAAGUGAUUUUUAAUGUUGUAACUGUACAUUUACCAUUAUACAUACAACUACAGUUAUAAGAAGACACAUUUCGCGGUGCUAAAAAAAUGGCGGGUAAACCGAGCGUGCAUGGGAUUCAAAAUAUGAUUCAGAUUCAAAAUACUGAAAGUAUGAGAUCUCAUGCAAGAAUUUUUGUAUGUUCAGAUUGAUGACAUGGAUGUGAUUGAAGUCCAGUGCAUUGUUGCCAAUCUGAUAUUCGAGGUAGGGUAAUUGUCGAAAGAGUGUCGUUUACUCACUGCAAUUUGUCAGACCGAUUUCUGGUUUUCUUAGACCUUAAAGGUUACAAAACCUACCAUCAGAUGUAGUGAGAAUAACGCGUCUGAAGUUUAGAACCUUUAACUAGUUAUUGGUGUGAUAAUUUUGUUAUUGUGUGAGACGAGAGAAAAAAGUAUUCCCGGAUGAAACAUCAAACGUGCUCGGAAAGAGGAGAAUUUAGUGGCACUGGUGCAUGUUUACGGCAGACAUUCGAACAACAUGCACCUGUAUGUCUAAAAUUAUACUGGCUCAGCUGCUUGUCAAAAGGAUCCUAGCCUUCCUGUUCUACUCCACUAAACACCGCAGGUUCUCUCCAGGUACAGUAAUCCAAUCUGGAUCUCUAUGACUCUAUAUAUAGUAUAGUGUACCUGAACAUAAGAAAAACACAUGUAUAAAGAGAUCUUAUCAACAAUAAAUUUCUUUCUUUUAUUUUAUCACAGGGUUAUAUCAAAGGAUAUAUUUCUCAUCAACACCAAAAGCUGGUUGUGAGCAAACAAAAUCCUUUCCCAUCAUUAACUUCGUUUCUCUAGCGAGGCCUGAAAAGGAACAUUUUUACGAGGUGUUGACACAGAGUGGGUUUAAAACUGGAUGAUUUCCUUCUGAUGCAGAAUACUUCCUGGUUUGUGAAGAGAAACUUGUAAAGAGGAAAUUUGUCAAGAAACUUGGGACGAAAAGAAAAUGAAAUGAAGGAUCAAGACUUAAAACGAUGCAGUGUUUUGUUUGUGCUUCAACAAGGGAGAGAAAGUUCCCCUUUCUCAAUGGAGAACUUUUCAUCAUCAUUAUCUAAUAGAUUGUCUCAGAAAUUACUUAGCACGUGGGGACUGUAGUAUUUACGUCUACACAGGACAUUCAUAUUUGCACAUUACUACUGGGGUGUGAAACUCACAUGGUGAGAAUGACGACACCUCAAGGCCCAUUUCAACGCACCCUUGUUACCCAAUACCAUCCUACGUUGUUAAAAUAAUGUUCUAUAAAUGUUCGCACGCCUUCAGUUGUACAUUCAUUUCACAGUUUAUAGGAAUAACUAUACGCUCAUAAUAUCUAUAGAGUUGGCUUUUCAAGCUGCUGCAUAGUGAAUCUAUAUAUAUUUUUGGAAGAAUUUUUCAAAAUAUUUUCUAGUGGU